AUGAGUGAGAAAGUAUUGGACAUCGCUAGCUAUCUUAUUGUGUCUUCUGAGGAAGGAAGAAGUGAAGGCUACAGCAGCGGCCUUCAGUUGCCUGAUAGAGAGAAAACACUUGAAUUUGAGCCUGAAAAACCAGUUUAUUCCAGCAAAGCAAAGAUGAAAAUGGAGGAAGGGGGCAAAGCCCCUGUUUUCCUCAAACAAGUCUUAAAUGUUGAAGUCUUUCAGGGAGACGUAGCUAAGCUCUCUGUUACUGUUACUGGCAGCCCCACACCCAAAAUCCAGUGGUUUUUCAACAGUAUGAAGUUAACUCCAUCCGUGGACUGUAAGUUAGUGUUUGCUGGCAAUGACCACAGCCUCAUUCUCCCCUAUGUGCGUGUGCAGGAUGAGGGCGAGUACGUGUGCGUGGCCAGCAACGUACAUGGUGAGACCACAUGCAGCGCCCGCCUCCGCGUGCGGCAGCGGAUCCCAGGGGUCCCGUGCUUUGCCAGGGAGCCAGACAGCGUGCGCUGCGCACCGGGCUUCACCACAGUCUUUGAGUACGCUGUGGUUGGAGAGCCAUGCCCUGAGGUGCAGUGGUUCAAGGGGAGCGAGCAGCUCUUCUCCGACACGCGUCACUCUGUUGCUCACCACCCUGAUGGCUCAGGAUCCCUGACAGUGCGGGAGUGCAUGGAGGAGGACACUGGGCUGUACACGUGCAGGGCAGUGAGCGCCCUGGGUGAGGCCACAUGCUCUGCUGAGCUCCUUGUGCUACCCGAGGAGCACGCUGUGUGCUGUCAAAGCCCAGCAUUGCAGCACUCUGCAGUGGCAGAGGGCCAAAGCCCCCUCUCCUACGAGGAGGCUGGAGAGCUUCCUGCCAUGGAAGAAGCACUCAGCCUUGAGGCCGUGAGGGAGCCCCCAGCCCUCCUUCAGAUCCAGACGAGCCAGGUGGAGCACGUGCUUCCCAGGGAGGACAUCUUGCCUGGCCUGCCACCGGCCUGCCUGGCUGCACAGAGUGUUGAAGAGAUGCUCUCCCAGGUGGCCACAACACAAGAGAGCAACAGGCUUCUGGCAGAGCCACUGCAAACCUUCCCUGUUGUCCCUCAGGUUGUGGUGCCUGCAGCAGUGAUGGAAACACAACUGCCAGGCUGCCUUGGGACUGUAGGUGCACAGAUACUCUUGCCUAAAGAGCAAGUCAUCCCCAAGGUGGCAGAGCAAAUGGCUGCUCUAAAGACAGAGGCUUCCCAAGCCCUUCUACAGGUGUCAAGCACCACUGAGAGCCGUGCCAUAGGUGGUGACCAAAUCCAAGUUCUUGAGGGCUUCCAGGCAAUGCAAGGUGGUCUGAAGGCUGAACCCAGAUUUGCUUCUGAAUUGGCCUUCACUGGGGGUCAAGCUGUCCUCCUGGAGAACAUUUCUUCCCUGGAAGCAGCAGAGGAAGAUUUUGCUGCAAGAAUCCAUGAGGGACAGGCUGUGAGAUUUCCCUUGCUGCUAGAAGAAAACCAGCUCCUGGAGGAGGAACAUAUUGUUGAUCUUGCCAGUCCACUUCGGAAGUGUCCAAGGGCAGGGAGACAACCCCAUGAAAUGAUGUACACUCACCAGCUCCAGCCAAGCCAAGUCCUCAACAAAGAGAGCCAGCUCACUGCUCAGGUUCCCAAGAGCUGCAAUUUAGGCAUAAAAUCUCAGAUUAGAAAUGCACUGAAAGCUGCAGUGGUAAGUGAGCAAAACCUCUUGUUUUCAGAAUGGUUGGCUGAUAAAGAAAAUGUUGAAGUACAGUCAAUAAACAUCACCAAGGAACAUAAACACAUCCUAUGCACCUAUGUUGUGACCACAGGAGGACUCAGUCCCAUAGAAAUCCCAGUCUCCUUGGAAGAAGUCAGCAUUCAGACAGCUGAUCAGAAAACGGUCUUGAAGGAAGCUUUCUAUUCUCUUAUUUGUGAAGAAAAACAUCUCUUGACAGAUGAAAAAUCCAAAGUAUUGCCAGACUAUCCCAGUUCACUUAUCUCAGAAAAAUCCUGUGAUGAAACCUUUGAGCUGGAGCCCCAGCAGGCUGAGAGGACUAUGGAGGCAGAAAUACCCCUGGAGCAGCCUUUGUCUGCACAAGUAAUCAACACUGUGACUGUGCACGGUCAAAUCAAGGAUGUGGGUGCAGCUACAGCCACUGCUGAUGUAGCCUCCACAGGUGUUCCCAUUAAGACAUCCACAGAAAUACUGAAAAGGAAGGAGAAAAGGGAAAAAAUAUGCGAGGAAGAGGGCAGAGAGGGUCUGGAAACUAAAGCUGGGAAGCUAGAGGAUGAGCUGGGCAAAGAAAGUUAUCCCAUCAUACACAACAAACUGGUUGACACUGUUGUGGAGGAAGGGGAUGGUGUCAGUCUGGUGUGUGUCAUAAUGAAUGUCAGAGAGGUGAACUGGUACUUUGAGGGUAAACUGGUGUCUUCAGGCGACAAAUUCAAGUGUUUGCAAGAUCAGGACACGUACACGCUAAUAAUAAGCAAAGCGUGUGGGGAGAUUCACCAAGGAGAGUACACCUGUGAGGCGCUGAAUCAAGGUGGAAAAAGUGCAACAGCAGCAAAAGUCACAGUUGUUAAAAGAGUUGCACCAAUCCUGAGGAGAAGGCUUGAAUCUCUGGAGGUGGCUGUAAAUCACGUGGCCAAGUUUACCUGUGAGGUAGAGACUGCUCCCAAUGUCAGGUUCCAGUGGUACAAAGCCGGCCGAGAGAUAUAUGAUGGGGACAAAUACUCCAUUCGCACCUCCAACUACCUCUCUACACUGGAGAUCCCGAGACCUCAGGUUGUUGACUGUGGAGAGUAUAGCUGUAAGGCUUCCAACCAGCAUGGCAGUGUAAGCUCUACUGCCAUUUUAACAGUGACUGAAGCACUUCCACCAACGUUUCUUACCAGACCUGAAUCUAUCACUACUUUUGUGGGCAAAAGUGCUAAGUUCCUGUGUACUGUUUCGGGCACUCCAGUCAUCGAUGUCGCCUGGCAGAAAGAUGGCACAACCAUUUCACCUUCAGACCACCACAAGAUCUCCAAAGUGGAAAAUAAACAUGUGUUAGAAAUUUCCCUUCUCACCACCAGUGACAGAGGGGUUUACACUUGCAAAGCUUCCAACAAGUUUGGGGCUGACAUUUGCCAGGCUGAAAUGGUCAUUAUAGACAAGCCCCACUUCAUUAAAGUUUUGCAGUCAGUGCAGUCAGCAGUCAAUAAAAAAAUACGUCUUGAAUGUCAGGUAGAUGAAGACAGGAAAGUAACAGUAGGGUGGACAAAGGAUGGAAGCAAAAUCCCUCCAGGCAAAGAUUAUAAGAUUUACUUUGAAGACAAAAUAGCCUCACUUGAGAUUCCUCUGGCUAAGCUCAAGGAUUCAGGCCAUUAUGUGUGCACUGCCUCAAACGAGGCAGGAAGCAGCUCCUCUUCCGCCAGUGUCACAGUCAGAG